AUCAAGAAAAGUUUAAUGAAGACUAAAAAGGAAAAAUUGGGUUUUUUGAAUGAAAGGAAAUUAGGGUUUUUUGAGUGGUCUGAACUGUGAGUGAAAGGUGCGAAGGGAAGAUGAGCAGCGACGCAAAAUCCAACAGCGGUGGCAACGUUGGAGGAGGAUUUAGGUCGAAGAUCAAUUACUAUCUCCAUAGCGGUGACAAGAAACAUGUUUUCCUUGGUUUAACACUCAUCACCGCUGUCUUUAGCGUCCCAUGGUUCUUUAUGAAUCGAGGGAGUAAACACCAGUCUCACCAAGAUUACUUGGAAAAAGCUGAUAAAGCAAGGAGCCAAAGACUUUCAUCCAGUUCUGCUUCUGCUAAAUGAUAAGUUAAAGACUUUUAAUUAAAAGGCAUUACAUGUUUGUUGGAUGUCCUUUUCUCUCUGGUUUUAUUCUUUGGGAUGGAGAUCCAUUUUUCUUUUGCCACUGUCCUGUACUGAUAAAUCGGUCUUUUGAUUUGGGAAAAAAAACUAAUGAUGUAUAAGAAAUUUUCCUUAUAUAAUAAAAUUGGUUAGGUAUGCAGAAUAUAAGCAUAGGCAAUUAUUUCAGAAAA